AUGACAGCAGGACCUGCUGCUGCAGCAGCAAAGACUCUGCAGCCUGCAACAGGGGGUGUCUCCUCUCAGCCUGUGCCGCAGCCCGCUGGUGCUGCUGCAGUUGUUGCUGCUGAAACCGAAGCAGCAGCAGCAGCAGAAACAGAAGCAGGAGCAGCAGCAGCAGCAGCAGAAGGGGUUAGACAAGGCCGAGCUUCUCUGCUGUCUCCUUCAAACUUUGCUUCUCUUUCUGCUGCUGCUGGCUUGCAAGGGUCUCUGAGGGGCACACAAAAGAGGAGUAGGCAGCAGCAGCAGCAGCGGGACCCUUUGCUGCUGCUUCUGCAGCAGCAGCAGCAGCAACAACAGGGCUGCGCUGUAUACGCAGCUAUGUCAUCGCAGCAGCCACGUACACCUCUGCAUGGAGCUGAUGAUACACCUGGCGAAUGCCCGCUGCAGCAGCAACUUGCUGCUGCUUCUCUUUCUAAUUCAGGAGGAGGAUGCGGCGCACCUUUAACAUCUCUCUUAACAAUGGACUCAAAGGCAGCAACCCCGCUGCUGCAGCACGAUCGCAUGCGCUGCAGCAGCAGAACAGCAGCAGUAGCGGGUGCAGCAGCAGCAGCAGCAGCGGCUGCUGCUGCUGCUGCUGCUGCAACAAACGCUGCUAUCGAUAUUCCAACAAGCACCACCACUGCUGCUGCUGUUGCUGCAACACCUGCUGCAGCAGCAGCUGCUGCUGCUGCUGCUUUUCCUAGUGGGCGCAUGCAAACAGCAGCCAAAGAAGAUAGCAGCAGCAGCCCCAUGCUGCUCUUCGGUGUAGAAGAAGGUAAUCUAGCAAAGACACACGGAGCCUCCGCUUCUUCGGGCGUCUUCUUUCCAGCAGCAGCAGCAGCAGCAGCAGCAGCAACAACAACAACAGCAACAGCAGCAGCAGCAACAGCAGCAACAAGGGGAGGUAGGGCUCCUCGCAGGGCUACUCGGAAGAAACCAGCGAGAAACAAAGGUACAGCAGCAGCAGCAGCAGCAGCAGCAGCAAAAUGCACGAUGCAGCAGGAUCCUGCUGCUGCUGCUGCUGCAGCUGCAGCAGGAGAUUUGGGGUGUACGCACAGCCCAGAUGCACCAAUCAGCAGGCAAACAAAGCGGCCGCGACACCAGCAGCAGCAGCAGCAGCAGCAGCAGGAAGAGCAGACGGGAGCAGCAGGUGCUGCAUGCAGCAGCGAUAUAGCCGGGGGAGAAGAGUUCUGGCUGCGGCCCCUGGAGGUUGUUGAGUGCUGCAGCGGCUUAGACCCCCCUCAAGACGCAGCAGCAGCAGCAGCAGCUGCUGCUGCUGCAGCAGCAGGAGGAGGAGCAGCAGCAGCAGGAGGGUUGUGUAUGAGUGGGGGUGGAAAUUCAUUUGGUCCGUUAGCUGUACAAUCAUCAUCAUCAGCAGCAGCAGCAGCAGGAACAUCUGCUGCUGCUGCAGGUCGCAGCAACAGCAGCAGCAGCAGCAGCAGCAGCAGCAGCAGUUGCUGCGUGGUGUAUACUGAAGCCUUCAUGUUUCCUUUAGAAUGCCUGGGUAGGAAUGGGAGACUGUCCAGGAGACAGGGUUUGCUGCUGGGCUGCAGCAAGGGGAUUAGAACAGCAAACUUCAUUGAAGAAGGAGACAGCUGCUUUCGCUUGGAGGUCCCCCUGCUGCUGACAAGACCUGCAGAGACAGGAGAUUACAGAUUGCUGCUGCCGAAGCAUACUGUUGCUUUUCAACAGCAGCAGCAACAGCAGCAGCUGCUGCUGCUGCAUCUGCAGAAGCUGCAGCAGCUGCAGCCGGAGGAGAAGAAGAAGCAACAGCAGCAGCAACAGCAGCAGCAGCAGCACUUGCUGCUUGCCCUCUUCUUCUUCCUCUUCUUCUUCUUCUUCUUCUUCAGGCUGCUGCAGCAUAGGAAGUCGGCUGCUGUUCAGCAGCAAACCUGUUUAUUUGCUGCUCUGGAGAUACGGGGAGAGAGUCUGCCCUCAAGAUAA